CCAAUGCUACGCGGCAGUACGGCGAGAGAUGAGGAAAUGAGGAAACACUACAGCCAUAGUCAUUGUAUGGGUAAAGAAUGCUGCGCUGCAGUCGUUGACACUGCGUGUCCGCUCAUUUCCUCCCUGCCAUGCGUGCUGCGACUCGAUGGACAGCAAUGCUCGGACGGUGAUGAACGGUGGGGCACCAGCUGCGACGGCGGUGGUAGAUCGCCUCGGAGUGCGUAGAGAAAACAGCGCACAGACACUGAGCAGUAUCAGUCUGAACAGCUCGCCCGUGGACGAAACGCUUCCAGUGCUCUACGAGCAGUCGAACAACGACCUGGAAAGCUUGUUGUUUGAACCGCGUCCGGAACGGCUAGCGGCCCGCGUUGCGCCUACCAAGGCAGAGUAUCGAACACGCUCGCUGAAGCGAUUCAUCAAAGCUGAUAGCUCAGGUGGACCAGGCACGCACAACAGCCAGGAUUCAGCAUCAACUACUCUAUGCUGCGGUUGCUUUUUCACUAACCGCAUCGAAACUCAGACUAGAGGGGCAGCAUCGUCAGCCAGCAGGACGUCGACCGCCAGAAGCUCCAGCCUGAGCCACAUUGGCACGACCACCAGCUAUGUCCGCUGGUCGGGCGAGGACGACGACGAGAUUGCCCGUCGGCGCGGGUCGUCACGGCCCUCGUCGCCGUCCACCUGCUGCGGCCGUAGCUGGUGGGAGUGCGCGCGCGCCAUCCUGUGUGCUCCAUGUCUACUGUGCAUCUACAGCGCCGAGGUGUGCCAAGAGAACAACUUCUGCUGCUGCUGCUGCUCCGAGCUGGAUGAGGAUGAGUGCCCGUGCGUAGCGUUCGGGUCUCCGUCCACGCAGCGCAGUCGCACCAACCAGGCAGCAAUCCUGCACCAGCUGGAGAUGGAGUCGCGGGAGACCGUGCUGACCAAGGCCUGCCACGAGGGCAACGUUCACCAGAUGGCCGACCUGCUGCAGCGCGAGGACCCGAACAAGCCGAACCGCAGCGGCGAUACGCCGCUCAUCAUCGCGUCGUCCAACGGCCGCGCCGACCUGGUGCGCCAGCUGCUGGACGCCGGCGCGGAUCCCAACGGCCGUGACAUCCAGGGAUACACGGUACUGAUGAGAGCGGCGGAGAGCGGAUCCGUCGACGUCACUGUUGAGCUGCUGGAGGCCGGCGCGGAUGCCACGGCCAAGGUGGGCGACGGCGCCACGGCUCUGUACAUGGCCGCUCGUGCCGGUCGCGCCCGCGUGGUCGCCGAGCUCCUCAAGCACCUGGUGGAGCAGAGGCAGUUUGGCUUCAUGGACGCCGUGCUGCGCUCGUCGCUACGCAAGGCGCGGCGCAUGGGCCUGGAGGAGCUGUCGUUGCGCCUGGUGCAGGCCGGUGCCAACCUGAACGGCCAGGACCGCGCCGGCAUGACGCCACUCAUGCUGGCCGCGCAGCAAGGCCUGUGCGACGUGGUCGCCGAGAUGCUCAGUCUGGGUGCCAGCGUGUCGAUGACGAGUCGCUACGACGGCGAUACCGCGCUGACCCUGGCAUGCAGCCAUGCGCACCACUUCAAGAAGUUCUACCAGAGGACCGUGCAGCUGCUGAUCGACGCCGGCGCGGACGUUCGCCACCAGACGGCCGAUUUCAAGCUGACGCCGGUAGCGUACGCGGUGCACGCGGGCAACUACGCCGUUGUGAGCAAGCUGCUGUCGGCCGGUGCCGAUCCCGACCACACGGACGGCGAGGGCCUGACGCCGCUGGUACGCACGCUGGGCAGCACCGACCAGUCGCAGACCGUGAGCAACCGGGCACGGCUGGCCGCGGCACUGAUCGCCGGCGGUGCCGACCCGAACCUGGCCGACGGGCACGGGCGAACGCCGCUGCACGCCGCCGUGGAGCGGGCGCACACGGUGCCGGAGUCGCAGAUCCUCAUCAUGCUGCUGCUGCAGGCGGGCGCGGACCGCCACCGCCAGAGCCACGCCGGCCGGAGCGCCGUGGACUGCGAUUCGCAGCACUCGGGACACCACCGCGUCCUGCAGUCCUACGUGCCCUCGCUCAAGCUACUGUCGGCCGCCGCCGUGCGCGCGCACCUCAUGUACCCUGUGGCGUGUAGCAUAGCAGAGCUGCCCAUCAGGGAACCGCUCAAGGUGUUCCUGGCAGAAGGGUUCCUCGAGGGCCUGGUGACGGCACUUGAAGCGGCCGAGUUUGCCGCUCAGCAAGUCGCCGACCGAUCGUCGGCGCUCUUCGGCGAUUCAGCCUUGGAAAUCAUCUCGUUGACACUGCGUGUCCGCUCAUUUCCUCCCUGCCAUGCGUGCUGCGACUCGAUGGACAGCAAUGCUCGGACGGUGAUGAACGGUGGGGCACCAGCUGCGACGGCGGUGGUAGAUCGCCUCGGAGUGCGUAGAGAAAACAGCGCACAGACACUGAGCAGUAUCAGUCUGAACAGCUCGCCCGUGGACGAAACGCUUCCAGUGCUCUACGAGCAGUCGAACAACGACCUGGAAAGCUUGUUGUUUGAACCGCGUCCGGAACGGCUAGCGGCCAGCGUUGCGCCUCCCAAGGCAGAGUAUCGAACACGCUCGCUGAAGCGAUUCAUCAAAGCUGAUAGCUCAGGUGGACCAGGCACGCACAACAGCCAGGAUUCAGCAUCAACUACUCUAUGCUGCGGUUGCUUUUUCACUAACCGCAUCGAAACUCAGACUAGAGGGGCAGCAUCGUCAGCCAGCAGGACGUCGACCGCCAGAAGCUCCAGCCUGAGCCACAUUGGCACGACCACCAGCUAUGUCCGCUGGUCGGGCGAGGACGACGACGAGAUUGCCCGUCGGCGCGGGUCGUCACGGCCCUCGUCGCCGUCCACCUGCUGCGGCCGUAGCUGGUGGGAGUGCGCGCGCGCCAUCCUGUGUGCUCCAUGCCUGCUGUGCAUCUACAGCGCCGAGGUGUGCCAGGAGAACAACUUCUGCUGCUGCUGCUGCUCCGAGCUGGAUGAGGAUGAGUGCCCGUGCGUAGCGUUCGGGUCUCCGUCCAUGCAGCGUAGUCGCACCAACCAGGCAGCAAUCCUGCACCAGCUGGAGAUGGAGUCGCGGGAGACCGUGCUGACCAAGGCCUGCCACGAGGGCAACGUUCACCAGAUGGCCGACCUGCUGCAGCGCGAGGACCCGAACAAGCCGAACCGCAGCGGCGACACGCCGCUCAUCAUCGCGUCGUCCAACGGCCGCGCCGACCUGGUGCGCCAGCUGCUGGACGCCGGCGCGGAUCCCAACGGCCGCGACAUCCAGGGAUACACGGUACUGAUGAGAGCGGCGGAGAGCGGAUCCGUCGACGUCACCGUUGAGCUGCUGGAGGCCGGCGCGGACGCCACGGCCAAGGUGGGCGACGGCGCCACGGCUCUGUACAUGGCCGCUCGUGCCGGUCGCGCCCGCGUGGUUGCCGAGCUCCUCAAGCACCUGGUGGAGCAGCGGCAGUUUGGCUUUAUGGACGCCGUGCUGCGCUCGUCGCUGCGCAAGGCGCGGCGCAUGGGCCUGGAGGAGCUGUCGUUGCGCCUGGUGCAGGCCGGUGCCAACCUGAACGGCCAGGACCGCGCCGGCAUGACGCCACUCAUGCUGGCCGCGCAGCAAGGCCUGUGCGACGUGGUCGCCGAGAUGCUCAGUCUGGGUGCCAGCGUGUCGAUGACGAGUCGCUACGACGGCGAUACCGCGCUGACCCUGGCAUGCAGCCAUGCGCACCACUUCAAGAAGUUCUACCAGAGGACCGUGCAGCUGCUGAUCGACGCCGGCGCGGACGUUCGCCACCAGACGGCCGAUUUCAAGCUGACGCCGGUAGCGUACGCGGUGCACGCGGGCAACUACGCCGUUGUGAGCAAGCUGCUGUCGGCCGGUGCCGAUCCCGACCACACGGACGGCGAGGGCCUGACGCCGCUGGUACGCACUUUGGGCAGCACCGACCAGUCGCAGACCGUGAGCAACCGGGCACGGCUGGCCGCGGCACUGAUCGCCGGCGGUGCCGACCCGAACCUGGCCGACGGGCACGGGCGAACGCCGCUGCACGCCGCCGUGGAGCGGGCGCACACGGUGCCGGAGUCGCAGAUCCUCAUCAUGCUGCUGCUGCAGGCGGGCGCGGACCGCCACCGCCAGAGCCACGCCGGCCGGAGCGCCGUGGACUGCGAUUCGCAGCACUCGGGACACCACCGCGUCCUGCAGUCCUACGUGCCCUCGCUCAAGCUACUGUCGGCCGCCGCAGUGCGCGCGCACCUCAUGUACCCUGUGGCGUGUAGCAUAGCAGAGCUGCCCAUCAGGGAACCGCUCAAGGUGUUCCUGGCAGAAGGGUUCCUCGAGGGCCUGGUGACGGCACUUGAAGCGGCCGAGUUUGCCGCUCAGCAAGUCGCCGACCGAUCGUCGGCGCUCUUCGGCGAUUCAGCCUUGGAAAUCAUCUGAUGUCGGGGACUCGCCCUUGAGAAAAUCAUCUGAUUUCAGGGAUUCGCCCUUGAAAAUUAUUUGAUUUCGGGGAUUCUUUGAUCAUGUCUGCGUUCAGGCUGUGCCAUACGCUCACAUCGGCUCUUUCCACUCUGAACGCUGGGACUUGCUGGACCAAUGUGCACCUGUGCCAAGCAGGCUAACACCGGCAGACACACUAGGUAAAGGCUAUCAACAUACAAUCACUGCAGACAUUGCUGCUACUGGUGCUACUGCUGCUGGUGCUGCUACUGCUGGUGGUGCUGCUACUGCUGGUGGUGCUGCUACUGCUGGUGGUGGUGCUGCUGCUGGUGGUGCUGCUACUGCUGGUGGUGCUGCUACUGCUGGUGGUGCUGCUACUGCUGGUGGUGCUGCUACUGCUGGUGGUGCUGCUACUGCUGGUGGUGCUGGUGCUGCCGCUACUGCACUUCAGUUCCAUAAUUAUCGUUUAGAAAACCGUUCUCCGAUUCCAUCCUUUUCAUUUCCUAUUUAUAGCACAGACAUCGGAGUGAUGACUGUAGUGGGAUAAAUGCACAUUGCGACUACUAGAGUAUUGCUAUCGAGCUGGCAAAGUUGAGCACACUAGAGUAACAGGCUGAUUUACCACAACUUGAUUUCAAGCUCUACUAAAUGUUCCCACAUAAAAAACUCACGUAUUCUUCAAUUUGUUGCCAAUUGUCAAUUUUAGCUGAUUUAAAAUGUUUAAAGCUUCCAGUGGUCA